CGCCGCAUCCCAGGUCCCGGGAAAGUUUUUUCGGAGGUCCCGCCCAGCCCAGAGAGGCCAUGUCCCACGGUCCCCGGCAGCCAGGCGCGGCCACCGCACCUGCGGGAGGCAAGACGCCGGGCCAGCACGGGGCCUUUGUAGUGGCUGUCAAACAGGAGCGCAGCGAGGGUCCCCGUGCCGGAGAGAAGGGGUCCCAGGAGGAGGAGCCGGUGAAGAAGCGAGGCUGGCCCAAAGGCAAGAAGAGAAAGAAGAUUCUCCCCAACGGGCCCAAGGCCCCGGUCACGGGCUAUGUGCGCUUCCUGAAUGAGAGGCGGGAGCAGAUUCGCACCCGCCACCCAGACCUGCCCUUUCCCGAGAUCACGAAGAUGCUGGGUGCUGAGUGGAGCAAGCUGCAGCCAACAGAGAAGCAGCGAUACCUGGAUGAGGCGGAGAAGGAGAAACAACAGUACUUGAAGGAGCUCUGGGCAUACCAGCAGUCAGAGGCCUACAAGGUCUGCACAGAGAAGAUCCAAGAAAACAAAAUAAAGAAAGAGGACUCCAGCUCUGGGCUCAUGAACACCCUCCUGAACGGUCACAAGGGUGUGGACUGCGAUGGCUUUUCCACCUUCGAUGUUCCCAUUUUCACCGAAGAGUUUUUGGACCAAAACAAAGCACGCGAGGCGGAGCUGAGGCGCCUGCGGAAGAUGAAUGUGGCCUUCGAAGAGCAGAACGCGGUGCUGCAGCGCCAUACGCAAAGCAUGAGCAGUGCUCGCGAGCGUCUGGAGCAGGAGCUGGCCCUGGAGGAGCGGCGCACGCUGGCGCUGCAGCAGCAACUGCAGGCUGUGAGGCAGGCGCUGACGGCCAGCUUCGCCUCCCUGCCGGUGCCCGGCACCGGGGAGACGCCGACGCUCGGGACGCUGGACUUCUACAUGGCUCGUCUGCACGGAGCCAUCGAGCGCGACCCCGCGCAGCACGAGAGGCUGAUCGCGCGUGUCAAGGAGAUCCUGGCGCGGGUGGCCAGCGAGCACCUGUGACAGGCCCGGGAGACGCCCCUCCUCACCCGCCCAGGAAGAAGCUGCACCUUGGGGUCCCCAGACCCCCCUCGGAUGAAAUCCCAACAGCAUCCCUGUAGCCCAGGACCCCACCCCAGGUUGCAGAGCCCAGGAGAACUGCCUGCCUUGCAGGGAGGGUCUCACGACUGUGGGGCAGGAACGGAGGAGCCCCGAGGCCCGACUUGGACACCGCGCCCCAAGCCCCUGCGAGCAGGACCCACCCCGGGUCACCGCGCAGGCACUGACUGCCACGGCACAACCCGGGGGAGGCUGCGGUGCAACCCCACCCCCAGCGCCUUCCUUCACUCAAUCCGGACUUUUCAACAAGUGUUCAAUAAAAACCAGUGGGUUCUCA